AUCCGAAGUGCAGGGUUCCUUGUUCCGCACAUUUAGCUCGCCAGCCAUGCGCCUUAUACCGCAGAGCUUAGGCAGCUCCCACGGGGUCCCAUCCAGGUCCUCCGCCUCUCUCAUCCAACCACCUCCGCGCCCCCCAUCUCUCCUUCACCCUCCUUUACGGCUUCACGUAUCAUACAUACAGCUAUGGGGAAACUCACGACGGUCACGGCACUCACGACGCUGCUGCUGCAGCUAUGCACGGCCAUCCAGCCCGAAUCCCACAGCCCGCCUCCAAACCAGGAGUUCCGCGAGCUGGUCUGGGGCGACAUCAACUUCCUGCACACGACCGACAACCACGGCUGGCACGCGGGCCACCUGCAGGAACCGCAGUACUCGGCGGACCUUGGGGACUACAUCUCGUUCAUCAGCCACAUGCGGCGCAGGGCCGAGGAGAACGGCGUGGAUCUGUACGUCCUGGAUAGUGGUGACCGCGCGGAGGGGAAUGGCCUCUGGGACGCGAGUAAUCCCAAGGGAUACGUCACUAGAAGUCUGGUCAGGAAGUGGGAUGUGGAUAUUCUCACGACGGGAAAUCAUGAGCUCUACAACCGCACGACUGCGCUGCUCGAGCACCUCGAGAUGGUCCCGUACUUUGGCGACCGCUAUCUCUCGUCCAACAUCGAUAUCGAUAUCGACGGCGCCUGGAAACCCUUCGCCAACCGCAGCUUGACCUUCACCACGCCACGCAAAAACCUCACCAUCACCGCGUUCGGCUUCAUCUUCAACUUCACGGGGGCACACCCCAUCGCCCGCGUCAAGCCCGUGUCUUUGGUUCUGAAGGAGCCAUGGUUCCUUAAGGAAAUCAGCAAUCCCGAUGUCGACAUGUUCCUAGUCGUGUCGCAUGUCGAUCUUAACACCGGCGAGAUGCAGGAGAUCCAUGAUGCCAUCCGCGCGGUCAACCCGGAUAAGCAGAUCCAGUUCUUUGGCGGGCACUCGCAUAUCCGGAAUUUCAAGGUGUUCGACGAGAAGUCGAGCGCACUGCAAUCCGGACGGUACUGCGAGACCGCCGGGUUCCUGAGUCUUUCCGGAAAGGGCUUGUGGCGCGGGAAUAAGGAUGCCGAGGUCAGGACGAGUAGGAGAUAUAUCGAUUUCAAUAGAGACGGGUUUAUGCACCAUUCCGGAACGGAUGUGGAGACGUUUGAUACGCUAGAGGGAAUCCGGAUGACCGAGGAUAUCACCGCACACCGACAGGACUUGCUGCUGAAUGAGUUGAUUGGGUGUGCGCCGCAGGACUUUUCGUUAUCACACUCUCCCUACCCUAGCGAGUCCAACUGGUACUCCUACCUCACCACCACGCUCCUGCCCGUGAUGGUCCGGAACCCAAACCGUGCAGAGGUGCCUCACAUGAUCUUCAUCAACGGCGGCAGCCAGCGCUUCGACGUGUUCAAGGGAGCGUUUACAUACGACACGUCAUUCCUUGUGUCCCCCUUCACCAGCCGCUUCCACUUCGCGCGGGACGUGGACUAUUCCGUAGCCGAAAAGCUCCUGCAAUGGUUCAUCAACGACGCCUCGCCGUACUCGACCGCCGCCGCGGCGAUGGGCGAGUCCCCGAUCACGCCCAACACGCCGCUGCACCGCGUCCGCCGCCGCGAGCGCCAGCAGCACGUUCUCGGCAUGGCCUACAACCUGACCAAGGGCUACACGACGUCCGACGCCUGGUCGGCCACCGAUCCCGGCGACGACGUGGUGCACAUCGGCACGCCGCGAUAUCCCGCGCCAAAGGUGCUGCAGUCCAACGCGGAGUUCCCCGCGGAUGGAACCAAGCCGGAGAAGGUCGACGUCGUGUUCUUUGACUUCAUUGCGGGGAGCGUCGCGCAGGCGCUUAAUGAUAUCGAGGGAGGUGAUAGGUGGAAUAGAACUGGGUUUGAGAUGUAUAUGGGAUAUGAGGAUACCCUCACGAAGCUCAUUUUGGAGUUUGUUAAGACCCAGUGGAAGUGCCCCGAGGCGGGCGAGGGCGAGGGGGGGCAGCUAUGAGGUGUGAGGUGGGAGGUGGGGUGUGCAAUGAGGUAUGAAGUAUGCAGUGAUGUGAUGUGGGAUGUAGAGUAGAGUAUAUGUGCGUUAG